AUGAUAGCCAGUUUAUUAAAACAGAUUAAUGAAGAAACAUACGUUGCAGAGGUAUUAGCACCUUUGCUAACUGCUACUUUUUCAGAAUUACCAAUCCCUUUGAUGUAUAAAACAAAUUGGGGAGAAAUUGAGGGUCCUUCUAGUAAGGCUUGUAAAAAAUCAUAUGGAAAUAAACCAGAUUUUAUGUUAUGCAUAAAAGUCAGUGAUAAAGAACUAAAAUUAGUUAAUAUAGAAACAGGAUGA